AUCGUUUGAAUCUUCUGCUACGACUAGAAACAACAUUUUUAAUUAAAAAUCCGAUUUGCAAUGGAACAUCGUAAUGAUGAAGGAACCAACUUUUUAUUGGAAUCGAUAAGACAUGAAUUGGUGGCAAUUAUAGAUGAUGAGUCCUCAGAUACUGAAAAGUAUUCCCAGAAAUGUCAAAUAGAUGUCGUGGAAGAAGAACUCAAAAAUCCUACAUUACCAAAACAAGAAAACGUUCCUCCUCCUUUGUUCAAUUUACAAAAAACCCAUGGCUAUUAUUCCAUAGACGAUGAAAUGCAAAAAAUUAAUCUUGAUCUCAAUCACAGUUAUCAAUUAUUUCAAACCAUUGCAGAUCGUUUUGAAAGUAUAAAUUUUGGCUGUUUAAAGUCUCGUAUCAAAGAUGUACAUUUGGAGGGCAAAAACAAUGAUAUCAAAGUUAUUGUAAAUGAUUUGAAAAACACAUUUGACCAAAAGUAUGUCGACAAUCGUCUGAGCGAAUUGACUCAAGAAAUGGCUGGAAAAUUUCGUAGACACCCAGGCGAAUUUGGCGACAUUCCCGAGCUGAGUGAAUUCUUUAAAGUCUGUACGCAAUUCCAACAUGGACUGGAGAAAUUGAAGAGACAGCGAAAUGAUGUACAAGACAUUACCAAACGCAUGACUCAUAUAAUCGAAAUCUCUUGCGACCGAGUAACUGAACUUCAGAAAAAGUUGGAACUAGACUCAGGAGAUGCGAAAUUAAGUGUAGACAACAACAAAGAAAUGCAGAAUUAAACAAAUUUCUUUUUUUAUCAUCUUUUUGUAUUAUAAAAAUAUACUUUAUGGAAAUGGGAUUAUGUAGA